AUGCGCACCGCAUAUUUUUCGGACGAUGUGCUUUCGUCACUGGAAUCCUCUCUGUCGCAUAAAAACGACGGCCAGCUCCCACUCCCGGGCCUCUCUCGACGCCUCGCCAUGCUCUGGCAUCGCCGUUCUUCGUGGGCUUUCCCAGCCUUCCUCUCCUUGUUCAUCGUCUUUUUUACCUGGCCUUUCACGCUCCGGACAGCUGCGUCAACCCGAGCCGAAUAUGCUGACCUCGCUGCUGCGUCCCCCACGCUCAAAUCGGACAACCUGACGGACGUUGUCCAGUGGGACAACUACUCGCUUUUUGUCUAUGACCAACGCAUUUUCUUGCACUCGGGCGAAUUCCAUACUUUUCGUCUCCCCGUACCUGACCUCUGGCUCGACAUCUUCCAGAAGAUGGUCGCUGCCGGCUUGAACGCAGUCAGCAUAUACAUUCACUGGGGGUUGACGAAUCCCGCUCCCGGCGUGCUCGACUUCAAUGACUGGCGCGCCCUCCAGCCGUUCUUCGAUGCUGCAAAACUCGCAGGGCUUUGGAUCGUGCUGCGCCCAGGUCCAUACAUCAAUGCCGAGACCACCGCCGGCGGCAUUCCGCUUUGGGUCACGAGUCUCGUCGCGGGUCAGCUCCGUACGAACGCGUCGGAUUAUGAGGCCGCGUGGCAGCCGUACAUCGCCGGCAUCGCUGAAAAUGUCAUCCCGAACCAGGUUUCUAGCGGCGGGCCCAUCCUCGCCGUACAGGUCGAUAAUGAGUAUUAUCAGGAUGCGGUCACCGGGGAAUACUUCGCCGAGCUCGAGGCGGCGUACCGCUCAGCGGGUGUUCUCAUCCCCUUGACGUACAACGAUCCGGGCGAAGGCCGCAAUUUCGUCAACGGUACAGGCGCUGUCAACAUCUACGGACUUGACUCGUACCCACAAGGCUUCGAUUGUUCCCAUCCUGAGCAGUGGGCAUCUGUCGUGACGAACUAUCAUCAGUACCAUGAGGAGGUCGACCCAGGCGAGCCGUGGUACAUGCCCGAGUUCCAAGGCGGCGCGUUCGACCCGUGGGGUGGUCCCGGUUACAACAACUGCGAAAUUCUGACGGGCGCAGAUUUCAUGGACGUGUUCUACAAGCAGAACUGGGCGUCGAACGUAAAGCUCAUAUCCUAUUACAUGAUUUACGGUGGCACAAGCUGGGGAGGACUUCCUGAGCCUUCGGUAUACUCAAGCUACGACUACGGCGCGUCGAUACGCGAGUCGCGGCUGCUGAGCGACAAGUACGACGAAAUUAAGCGCCAGGGAAUCUUCCUCCGCAGUUCGCCUUCGUUCCGCAAGACCGACUGGGUCGGCGACACCAGCACUACGAUCCCUGGCGUCACCGUCAACGGCUCGGGCGCGUACGUCACCCUCCUGUACAACUACGAUACGGGGACCGGGUUCUACAUCGCACGCCAAGCGGACUCGACCUCUACGACCAAUAUUAACUUCACCCUGACAGUUCCCACCUCGGCUGGCACACUCACGAUCCCCAGCACGUCAGGCGCGAUUGCGCUCGACGGGCGGCAGAGCAAGGUCAUCGUGACCGACUACGCGUUCGGUGCACAGUCAAGCGUGCUGUACUCCACCGCGAGUAUAUUCUAUGCCGGUACCAUCGGCGCGCGCGACGUGCUGUUCCUCUACGGCGACGCCAACCAGAGCCACGAGGUCGCGCUCGUUCUGAACGGAUCUAGCGCUCAAGCGUCAGACGUCUCUUACUCCAACGCUGGAGGAGCAGGGGGAAUCACGACCGUGACCUUCCUCCCCGGAAUCACCGGGCUCGUCACAGUCUGGGACUCGGCAACCCAGCUUAUACUGUACGCGGACCCCAUCACGACCGCGACCUUCUGGGCGCCUGCAAUCCCCACUGCAGGCGCGUCCACGGACUUCCCGAACUACUUCCAGUUCGGAACGAACGAGACCGUGCUCAUCGGCGGGCCUUACCUCGUGCGCAACGCGUCCAUCGCCGACGGCGAGCUCGCGCUCCGCGGGGACCUCAACGCGAGCGUCCCGCUCACAGUCGUCGCCCCUCCCGAGGUGACGAGCGUGUCGUGGAACGGCGUGCCCGUCGAACUCGAGUUCGCCUCGGCCGACGGUGGCGCACAGGGAGGGGUGCUCGUAGGGUCUCUCCAGAUGAGCACGGCGCUGGCGCAGGUGACAGUACCCGCGUUGACCGGGUGGCGCUACAACGACAGCUUACCUGAGGUGUUGAGUAACUAUUCGGAUGCAGAGUGGGUCGUGGCGAACCAUACGACGACGAACAUCCCGGCGAUGUUGUAUGGGGACGGGCGGGUGUUGUAUGGUUGUGACUAUGGAUACUGCGAGAAUGCCGUCCUCUGGCGCGGCCAUUUCGAAGGUACCGGAUCCGAGACUUCUGUCAAUCUGACGAUCAACGGCGGCACCGCGUUUGGCGCUACGGUAUAUCUGAAUGAUGUAUUCCUCAACUCCACGUACGACAUCUCGGCGGAGCAGACCACUGAGCUGUACACAUUCCCUCCGGGCUCCGUGCAGGUCGGGCAGGACAACGUCAUCACGGUCGUGCAGGAUAGUUCGGGAAACGACGAAGAUGCCAAUGAGAAAUCACCCCGCGGCAUUCCCGGCUUCCAACUCAACGGUGGGAACUUCACCGUGUGGAAGGUCCAAGGCAAGCUCGGCGGCUACAUGAACUACCCCGACAAGGUUCGGGGCGUGCUCAACGAGGGCGGCUUCUAUGGCGAGCGCGAAGGCUGGCAUCUGCCCGGCUUCGACACGUCCAGCUGGACCGCUCGCGAGCUGACCGAAGGCCUCCCCGGCGGUGGACCCGGCAUUGGCUUCUUCGUCACGACGUUCGAUCUCGCCGUCCCCGCCAAUUCGGACGUACUGAUGUCGUUCCAGUACGACACGUCGAGCCAGCCGUACCGCGCACAGUUAUACGUGAAUGGCUGGAACUACGGCAAGCGCGUCGCGAACUUCGGCCCGCAGACUAAUUUCCCCGUCCCCCAGGGUAUCCUGAACUACAGCGGCACAAACACCGUCGCCGUGGCCCUCUGGUCCAUGGAAGAUACCCCGGUCUCGCCCACGCUCGCAUUGCAAGUCGACACCGUCAUUGAGGGCGGCGUUGGGGCCAUCGCUCUCAAUAACCCUGGGUGGACGCCGCGUCCCUCGGCGUCUUAA